AUGAGUAGCGGCCUUGCCGCGAGGCUGAGGGAAUUGUCCAAAGAAGCCGACAGGUUGCAAGUAGCAGCAGUUGAGCUGGCGGAAAACAUCUCCGAACUCUGCAAUCCAGGGUCAUUUGGUGAUUGGGUCCUGGUUGACGACGCCUUUGAUCCUCUCUUUCCAGAGGAUUUUGCUGCGGUCAGAGCCUUAUUGGUUCACCACGGCCUUGAGGACGGGUUUCCUCCUAUUCCCGAGGAGUUGGUUAGGAUUGCUGCACGUGCUCUUUCAGGCACUCCCCAAGAAGUGGUUCAGAAGGCCCAAUCGGCUUUUAGAGCAGGUUUCCUAGCUCACAUUGCCCUGGCUACAUCAACUCCUUUCCUCAAGAACGAACAGGAGAGUGAGGCCGAGCAUUGCCAUUGGGUUGUUUUCUACAGGCAUACCCCGUCCAUCAACAGGGGCAUCCGUGAGAGUGCCGAGGCUGGAAAAAUGGAUAAGUCCCUUUUGAAGUUUGCACGUGACGGCGACCCAUCGCUUUUGGUGUGGAGAGUUCCAACCAUGCUGACUGAUGGUGGGGUAGCAGACCUUCAAGCUUUUGUAUUACCUUUGCUUUCAAGGGCCGGGGGUUUCCUGGCCGCAAUCCCCUUGCAAGUAGUUUUAUCCGAUGUUUUGUUGGAUGCCAUGUUGAAGGAGGAGCCUGGCACCAUUGGCCCCUCAAAGGAAUUCACUGCACAGCUUAUGGUGGAAGAGGAGAUAGGCAGUGGUGUUGUUGAUCUCUCUUCCACUGCCAAUUUUGUGGUCGUUGACCUUGACGAUACAGUUUUGAUGGAGAUGCGUGAGUAUGACAUUGUCACAGACUCUACUGAGCCUAUUGUUCCGUAUUCUGACAGCGAUCCCAACGCUUUGCCCAAGGUCAUUCAGCUUCUCCCAAUGAUUCAGGACUGGAUCGAAUCAGUUGCAAGUGAAAGGUUGGCUUUUUAUUCAGCUCGAGAGGAGCAGGAUGGCCCUACACUCCCUGCAACGAAGAAAGCUGCUGCAAAGAAGGCAGCUCGGACCACCAUUGCCACUUUGGCGUCGCAAAUGGCUACUAUGCAGCAGCAACUUCAGGCGGUUUUGGCUCAACAAGACGUUUUGGCAAAGGGGGGUGGAGGUAUGGAUGGUUUUGCAAGUCAUGCUCCCGCUCCCUCAAAUGGACCUAUGGUCGCAACCAUACCAGCUUUGUCUUCUGGUCUUGGCCUUGGUACUGUACCAAAACAGGCAGCUCUGGCGAUUGGCCCCCCUCCGCGGACAAAGGAUGCGCAACUGGAAAAUGUGGCAGAUGUAGGAGGCGAUCCUAUGUCGGACUUGGCAGGGCAUUCAGGGACAGCAGGCCUUGGCUUGAAUACCAAGGGCGUAGCAAGGCGAGAAAGGAUGCAGAGCGAAUUGGCUCAGCGCAGUUCCAACUAUUUCCUACAGGUCCAACAGCAGCUUUUCAAGAGGAUGAACCCCAGCAGAGCGGUACCCAAAAAUGCAGCCGAGCUCAGUCAAGCUGGAGCCUCUAUGACAGCUUAUUUGGAACGGUAUGGGGGCUUCAGGCAAAAUCGGGAUACAGGGCUGAUCAUGUGGAUUCUUGCUCAUGCCAUGGACUCUGCUUCCCAAGACGAUUUCCAUGGGACCAAGGAGUACUUGGCUCUGCUGGUGGCAGCUCUCGAACAGAGCACGCUGGAUGGGGGAUGGGGUGUAGCCUAUGUGUUGUCUCUGAUGGAAGAGCCGCCUCAGCAGCUCUUCAUGGAGCGCAUGACUCCGGUCUCAGCGACCGGGAGGCCGUUCUCUCCUCUUGUCCCUCCCAGCUGGGCUGCAGUGGCACUGAGCUACCUGAAGGAGUUGGAAGUCCUUUCAACACGCAAGACCGAGAUGAGGACUCCCUUUUCAGCCUUUUUGCACAGAUCCAUCUGCUUGCUUCGGGGCCCGCUUGUGCGGUCUGCCUCGACACUGACCUUUUUCCCUGUGCCAGUCUUUGACCGAGACCAAUUUCGCAGGAAGCCUUCAGGUUUGUCAUCCCUCAAGAGGCGCAACUGUCACCUACAUCGAGCCAUCCACGUCAUUUGCAUGGCGCUGAAUUUUUGGUUUUUUGGGGGUCGAUGGGUUGCUGAUGAUGAACUGAAGAGGGAGCCCAAUGCCGAGCACAUCAACUUGUAUGCAAGGCUUGCUUCUUUGAUUAGGUCAGACGGCCUGGCUGAAUCCUUCAAUUUGGCGAAGUCGGGUCGAAAACAUCCCGAAUUACUUGCACGACUUUCUGAGCUUAGCAAUCUGCUGACUGUUCAGGGUGGAGCUUCAUGCGGCUAUGAGAAGGGUUUUGCUGGAGUUGAUGUUCCUAAGGACAGUUCCGCAGCGCCUGAACUGACCCCAUUCGUUGAUUUGGACGCCUCCCGGUUGAGGAUUUAUGGUAGCGGCCAUUGGGAUGUUACAAGCCAUUUGCAUGAUGAACUUGUGCUUGCAUACCGUGAACCCAGGAGCCUUCUUGCUGACUUGCCCCUGGGCGACCACCCCAAAUGUCGCGACUCGCAGGAGGAGGUAGCCAAACUUGCUCAUCUCUGGGAUCAGGCAGGACUACUUCGGUUGUCUCGCUGCCAACGUCCUCUGGGUUCUUUGGUAAAAGUCUUCAACUGCUACAAAAAUGCUGAAAUGGACCGCCAAAUUGGCGAUAGGUCGGAUAGACUUCUUCAGGGCCUUGUGAUUGAUGAUUACUUCGCCGCAAGUGUUGAGGACAGGAAGACAGUCAAUUCUGCAAGCAUAGCCGCAGCAUGUUACAAUAGAAGCCAGCUCGCAUAUGAAGCGGCGGACCUCCUGGGGUCUCCUACAAAGGAUGUGGUGGGCGAAAACGAGGGCAAGCUUCGAAUUGCCCUGUCCUUCAUUACAUUGGCAUUAUGCAAUUUGGGUUGCACAACAGAUGUUUUACAUCUUCGCCUUAUUGGAGACCUGGGUGCUGAAUAUUUUCCUGCACUGUUUGCCACGGAUGCCUCCUCCUUCAAGGGGGCGAUCUGCUGGGCCCCACAGGAACCUAGGGUUCUUCGGACCAUUUGGAAGAGUUGCCGGUCCAAGGGAAGUUACACCAGGUUGCUUUCGCCAGCUGAGCAAGUUUUGCGGAACAAUGGGCUUUUUGAUGAGGAAAAGUUGCAGGGAAGGAGGAUGCUAGGGCCUGAUCGCCCUCUUGCCUAUGAGUUUGAUUUCAUUGAGGUGUUUUCUGGUGCAAGUUUGGUAACGAAGGCCAUUGCUGCAAAAGGGUGGAGCGUUGGACCACCAUUGGACAUUAGCAUUUCACAAGAGUAUGACCUUUCGUCAGUCUAUAUCUGUGAAUGGCUUACCUUCCUCCUUGCUGAGAAGAGACUCAAAGGCGAGGUGCGCUGUGAUUCCUGUGCCUUUGGCUCGGAGCACCUGAAGCCCUUCCGUUUCCUGGGGGUCAAUGUUCGUAGGAGGAGGGCGGAAGCUCUUGAUGUUGACAUCUCAGGUUUGGAAAACCAAUUGGUCAAUGAAGCUGCUUUGGCCUCAAAGUGGGAAGUCUUGAAGUCGUGGAAUUUCAGAAAACAGAGCCAUAUAAAUAUCCUGGAAGAGGCUGCAGUGCUUCGCCUGGUCAACUUUCUGGCUACUUAUCGACGUCCUUUGAGGGCUUCUGCGUUGGUUGAUAGCUUUGUUGUUCGAGGUGCCACCUCCAAAGGUCGCUCUUCAUCGCGUGGGUUGUCAACUAUACUGCGAAGGGUAGGGGCAACUUGUGUUGCGGCAGCCCUGUAUUUGACCUUGCCAUUUGUCCCUACACGUUGGAACCCAGCGGAUGACCCAACACGUGACGCAGUUUUGAGACCUUCGUAUGGAAGCCUGGGUGUUGAAAGCUGGGAUGAUUUGGAUCUGUUUCUUUUGUCCGAGCUGCCAAAAACCAAGCGUUGGGCCUCUCUAUGGAUGAGAAUGGUUUUACGUUUGAUAGGGUCUGCCUGUUUGCAUUUCUCAGAUAGGUCUCUUUUUAGGCAAACAGUCCUAACUCGCUAUGAGGCCACAGGUCAUGAGUCUGAGCAAAAAGGCUUUGAUAGCUCGCUUGGUUUCCCGGGCGAAGGCCCUGCUAUGACCAACCAGCCCCAAAUAGUUGGAUUCCGCUCUAUGUCUUGCAGGCUUUUAUUUGGACUUCCAUCAUUUCAUGGAUUUGCCCUUUGGACUUUUCUCCACUCUCUUUUCUUCGUCCCGGCCACCUGGAUUGCUGCUGUGUUGAGGGGGGUGCUUUGUCUCUUCUUAUUUUUCCCUAGGGGGCUGUGGUUUUCUGUGGGUCUGCUUGCUUUUGCUCCGGCCGCGAAUGCCAUGCCGAUCUUUCCUCGGACUGCAGGUGAGAGGUCAAAAGCAGCCAUAAGACAGAAUAGACCUCCGGUGCCAUCAGGGCGGCCAGUUUUACCUGUCACUAUGUAA